ACAACAACGUGACGAGGCAGCCUAAGAGCUGUUAUGCAACCGCUGACCUACUAACACAUAUUUCUAGCAAGGGAGCCGGAGAAACUGGAGCAAAGGGUCCGGCAGCGCACAACACACAGGCAGCCAGAGCCAAGAGACAGAAACAGCAUCCAGCACAGCCUCUCACCACACCGCCACUCAGCCGAGCUGCGACAGAAGACGGAGACGAAAACUUUUCGGCUAUUUUGGGAGGUUUCUUCCACACGCGCAAGGAAAAGGAGGAAACGGGAGCGAGACAGCUUUGUGUCGGUGAAGCCGGAAUCUUUCUCCCCCCUCUAGGACACGGAGAGUAAGUGGUCAGCAAACAGAAGCACUGAAACGGAUCCUCAGGGAGCCCCCAAAGUGGACGGACUGACCUACAUCCUCCGUAAGACACUGAGAGCAGCAGCCUGACAGACAUCACUGCUCUGCUAAAGAUUGAGGAAGAUAAAGUCAAAAUCCACUCCAACAAGACUCCAGAGACUGAGGAGAUCACAGCUGAAAGACUCUUUGAUCGAAAACAAACCUACUUCUUUUUUGUCUUUCCCCGUUCAGACCACUGGUCCAAUGUCUGAGGUUUUUCUGAAGUUCCACCUCUUUUUAAUCUUCCUGGCGAAUAUGGACACUUGAACGUUGAACAAUAACAGAAAUCAAUGAGGCUAUCCCUUCAAGGAACAAAAAAACCUCAUCAAGACAUUUUUGCAGAUCCUGCAUCUUAGUCCUCAGCAACAAAGCAGUCGUCUCAUCUUGUUUUGAAUUUUCCCUUUCCCCCUUUGCUAGAGUUACACUCUGGCCAACAGCUAGGAAAAAAUGGAAAGUCUGGGUCUACACCUCCCAUCAACCAGCAACAAGAAUGCAAUGGAUGUCGACAAUUUUUCCUCCUACAGCGGCAGCAUCCGAUCCGCUUCUCCGGAAGAAGGACCGCGGAGCAGCCGCCAGUCUAAAGGUUCCAAGUCCAAUGCGAGUAGCCGUCGCAAGCGAGAGUUCAUUUCCGACGAGAAGAAAGAUGCUUCCUAUUGGGAAAAGCGAAGGAAGAACAAUGAAGCAGCCAAGCGCUCAAGGGAAAAGCGGCGCCUCAACGACAUGGUGCUGGAGAACCGCGUCAUGGCGCUGAACGAGGAGAAUGUUCGCAUAAAGACGGAGCUCCUUCAGCUCAAGUUGCGCUUCGGCCUCAUCAGCACGGCAUCCUACAUGGAGAAAAGUCAGCAGUUAUCCAACAGCGCUGCUUGUGUCAACAGUAGUAGUGGGAGCGGCAACGGCACCCCCAACCCCUACCUCUCAAGCAGCGGCUACUCCAGCGCAUCCCAGGUGAUGCUGAACUCAGACUCGUCUGAAACCGAACAGUCGGGCCGCGGCGAGCACCACAACGCGCUCCACCAGUACUCUCCACGGGGCUCCAUCUCCGACAUGUCUGACGACUCCUCCAGUGACAGCCCAGAACCAAUGGGCUUCAACAUAAAGACGGAGCCCGCAACUAUGGAGAUGGCCGGCCUGGAAAGCAAGGCGAUGCCCAAUGGUUUGCAGAAUGGAGCUUACCAUGGCAACCACACUGCCCUGGUUUCUCCACACCAGCAGAACGCCCCAUUGGCUGAAAGUGCCAUGGACUACCAGCACCACCAGCAGCAGCAGCAGCAGCAGCAGCAGUGCCACGUAAAGGCCUCCAGUCCAGCUCCUCAGGCCACCUCCGCGCAGAGGAGCGUCAUCCUGUACCGCUCCAGCAGCGGCUGUUACCCAAUGGACACCCAGCGGGCCGAGGAGCAGCCGAGCAGACCCCAGCAGCACUCCUCCACCUCCAAGUUCUCAGACAUCACAGAGGUCGCUGAGAAGCUGGAGAGGACAAAGACCAUGGAUUCACCUCAGUACGAUUACACCGAAGGUCGUGCUGAGUCCACAGAUGACGUACAGCAGAGGUACAACCCCGACACGCAACAACAGCGCGAGAGCCACCUUCACUACAGCUACCAGGGGCAGGAGGGCGGUCUGCAGCAAAGCCAACAGAACCCCUUCGCCCCUGAUCUGACCCGCAACACGGAGGAGGGUGAGUCCUCCUUCCCACAGCACAACGGCUACCUCAACACACUGGACGAAGAGCCCCCGGUUCUCACGUACGAGGGAGGCCCACGAGCAGGCGGCUUCUACCAGGAGAACUCUUCCACUAAAGACACCUCCUCCAGUGACGGGGAACCUCGGAGCUCUGACAAGGAGGGCUCCACGGAUGACGAGUCCCCCUGCUCGUCCUCCUCAGACAUCAGCAGCUACCAUCAGAAGGAGGCUGGAGUUCCAAGCUCACACAGCGAGCUCCAAGCCGAGUACAAAGGCACCGCCCUGCCCCACAAGCUCCGCCUCAAGUACAGAGCCCUGACCAACGGGGCAGCGGGGAUGCACAUGGAGGGAACCGUCAACAUGUCCACGUCCCCCUCUCCCACUUUGCCUCAGCACCCCUACUUAGCUCUGCCCAGCAACCCUCACAGCUCCCAGAUGAACGGAGAGAGCAAGGAGGUGGACAAUGACACUGAGUGUGCGGGACAGAUCAACUCUCUGAAUGAGAGGGAGGAGGCUAAAAAGGAGGGAGGGAAAAAGGGAUCCAGUAGCAGAGGUGGGCCCAAUAAGAGGCAAGAGUAAGGACACUUGGGACUUUUUUCUGUCACCAAUACCACAAUAACUAACAUUGCCACCCUACGACACGGAGAAGAGCCGGUGAUCUGCCCGAGGUGCAGUUUGGAUGUGAUUUCACAAAGUUUCACUGUGUUCCUCUUCCCUGUAAUCUGUCCUACCUGUCCAUCCUAUUUGGUAGAUCACUUAAUUAGGAAGGCAACUCUCCAGAGCUGGAGUCUGGGGUAUUUCCCUUAUGGAAAAUUCAAACAUCAUUCAUUUUUGUAAACUGCCCUGGUGGCUGGCCAGCGUUUAUUGUGGCAUUACGGGAACAAUCCUCUGACCAAAGAAUACGCAUCCCUCCUUUAGCAUCUCCCUUUUCGGCAAAGAGUUGCCUCCCUCUGAACACACACACCUGUACUAUUUGCGCCCCCACUGUCUGACCACAAUCACACACAAGUUCCCCUUCAUUUCUGAAGCACUUAGAUUGUAUAUUACUGUGACAUACAUUUGCAUAAAUGGAAAAUAUAUUUUAAGAAGAAAAAUGUGGCAGAAAACAACAAAAAAUAAAGCAGUGGGAUGACGAAGUCGCAGACUCAAAAGGUUUUCUUUCCCUUGAUGAGACACCUUGUACAGUCGCUUUUUGUCUAGAAAAUGCCUCUAAGAUUUUUUUUAACAUGAACCACAACUUGUAUAGAAAAAGAAGAAAAUAAAAAAAAGAAAGGUACAAUUUUUUUUUUUGUAUUGAUGGAUCAGAUCGGGGGCCUCAUUCAGGUGAGCUGUUGAAAUAGUCAAGGCCAUUUAUCUAAUGCAUAUCAGUCAAGGCCAUGUAGUCACACUUUGCUGUUUGCAAAACCUGACAAGCACAAGGCAAACGCCUGCCGGCUGCUCAACGAAACAUCAAUACAUCUUCAUUUCCAGACAAAUAUGGUCUGUUUAAUAAACAAAAUGGCUCCCGUCGAAAAACCAGCAAAGCUGCUCUCUCUUCAUAAGGUGCCUCUUUAUUGUGUUGUCCCUCGUCCCCACUUUGGCCGACGUCUUUACGAGCCCACUCCCCCCUGCACUGAGUCGUGUUAGCUACCGUAGAUCAUCCAGUCUGUACAAGUUUAACUGUUUCACUUCCUGGUGCCUGCCUCUGGCCACUAUGUAUAAAUGUAAAGUUGUCUUUAAUCUCUUGUAUACUGCUGUUAUUAUGUUAUUAUUAUUUUAUUAAUAUUGUUAUUUUCUAUUAUAUUCCGUUAUUAUUUUGGGCUUUAUUAUUACGUGUGUUUUUCUGUCAUCCUGUUGUGUCAUUUUGCUCUAUGCUCUUUCUGGUUGUGCUGUGUAUUUACCCAUACUCCCCUUUGCCCCAGUUCCCAUUUGUACUCUGUGUUACCGUAUAAACUUUGUUGUUUCCGAAAGAAAUGGAUAAAAAAAAAAAAGAGAAAUUGAAUAAGGCUUGUCCAGAAGUGAUUAUGUAUUGUCAUACUUCAUGUGGAUAUGCAAACAUGGUUACAUGAACACUGAUUUUUCAUUGUGAAAUAUUGAAAAUGGAGAAAAAAUUAAAGGUUGUUAAAUUAA